AUGCCUCCGAAGAACUCACGCGCUAAGCCUGUGGUCGAUGCCCCUAUUGGUGGGAGUGAUCCUGCAGGCAGUACAACACCAGGCAAGGGAAAGGUGAUCAUUGAUAACCUUCCGUCGGAAGCGGAAGUGACGGCUGGCAACUCCGGACUGACCCUUGAAGAGAAGUUGAAGGCGCUGGCUACGGUGGCCUCGGAUGAUUUUUUCAUCGAUGAUGAUUCGGACGAGAAGCUCGACAUUAUGGCAACAAAGAGCUCUUACCCGCAUUUGCGCUUCACGGCGAUCCUGCUCUUCCCGGUUAUUCCUUCCCGUGAAGUCGCUUCGGUCAUUUUGACCGUGAAAACGCUGAUGAAGCGCGUCUGGUCUAACCUGUUGACUGGCGAUGUUCUCGUUUCGGUGAAGUUCCAGGAGCUGCUCCCUGCCUUCGUCACAAAGACCCGUUAUAGUCGGUUUCAGGUCUCCUUCCUGCACGAAGCUGACGUGGUGAGCAUCAAGCAGACUGCGGUCGAACACAAGCGUCAGAACGGCACGACGAUUCACUGCUUAUGGCUGCAUCAGGAGGAUGCGGCUUACCUUCGCAAGAAGGCUUUGAGCCCGCAGCUGCUGGAGGUUUUCUUCAAGAACGUACCUGCUGACAUCCCGCCUGAGCUGGUUAAGGAGAUCAUGGUGACUCACCCCUUCAAGAUCCGGAGGCAGUCUGCCUUCGCUGAAGGCCACUGCUUCCACCAUGUCCUACAUCCCGUCACUGAUGCGGAUACGGACAAAGUCAAUGUAUUGGUGAUCCAGCACGCCGGCGACAAGCACCCUGCUUCUCUCCACGCUUCCCCGCUUAUCACCCCGCUACUGCUGGAUGCGGCUUUUGUGCUGAUCUCUACUGGGAGCAACCGCGAGGAGUGGUUGUGCACUCUCGAAAGCUGCGGGAAGGCCCACGGCAAGUCUUUUAUGGCAGCAGCAGACCAUAUCACGUCGGCGAGUCACUUGCUGGGCCUGGAGAUGCUGGGCGCUGCCACCCGCUGCUCUCUGGAGAAGCUAGGUCUGCAUAUCAUCCGCAAGGAGUACAAGAUCUGA